GCCAUAUAUAUACACAUAUAUAUGUUAAAACACGUAACUAGAUCCGUGAUCAAAACGUAUCCAAUCAUUGGAUUUCAAUGGCCUAGUUUACAUCGUGCAUUUGAUACGCGUAUCAAAUAGUAAAUAACUAGUGAAUGUGUUUAAUCAUUGGCUGAUCAGCUUAAAUUCACUACUUGAUACGCGUAUCAAAUGCACGAUGUAAACUAGGCCAAUGUAUAAUAUGUGCAAGCAUGCGCAAAACAUAUUUCCGGACUCUUUAGAGAGAGAAGUAUGGAGUGUAUGGACACGUUUCGCUUGGUAUAUUGCCAGUCCAUAUCUAUAAGGUCUAUGGUUUACACAGAAUAUUGUGUAUGUACACUGUCGCCAAUGACAAUCGUUUUCGUGCGCGAUACUGCCCGAUACCGUUGAUCACGGCGCGCGAUAUGUCACGAUCAGGUUAGAGGACAGCGUAGUGAGCGACAAUUAACGAUGAUUAACGCGGACGAUCGUAGUGUGACGACGACAGUGGCACGUGUCGUCAUGGGUCACGCGUAGUCCGGACCGAAGAUCCCGGACUGCCGCACGCAAGAGCGAGGAAGAGACGGCCGAGAAAGCGUCUCUGCGCUCUCGCGAAAGGGCAAGCGUGUGCCUCGUCGACACAUAUAAGUUUCGUCACCCGCGGCUACGAAGGAGGAACGGCGGCGUUACUUUCCUGGGAAAGAGGGGAAAAAAGAAAAAAAAGAUGCCGCUAGUCGUGAGAAAUUGUCCGCAUCUGGCUAACCGCGGCGAUCUCGCCUUCAUCGAGGCAGUGAUGGCUCGGGAGGAGCGUUUCGCCAAGUGCAGCGACUGCGACACCCCGGGCCCCAAUCUCUGGCUCUGUCUGUUCCCCGAUUGUCGUUGGGUCGGUUGCGCGGAGACUCACCUCGACCACAGCACCAUCCACAACCAGAACUUCCCGACCCAUUGUGCUCACAUGAACCUGUCCACCAACAGGAUCUGGUGCUACGCCUGCAAAAGCGAGGCGAUCGCCAAGCAUGUGCCAUCGCCCCCGUUGUCACCGACGCUGGUAGAGUUUAAGACCAUGGGCAACAAGUUUGCUGGAGAUGCACCAGGCAGUGUCGAAUCCAAGCUGGAUGGACUGGAUAGGUUGAUGUUUGAUAAGUUUUAUGGAGAUUGGGCGAUAAACAGAAUGAAUUCAGAAAAAGGAAGUAUAUUUAACGAACGAUCUGGGGAUUCCCCUGACAGUACAGACUCGGAUGAAAGCAAAGAUUUUUCUGGAAAGCCAAGGGGUCUAGUGGGUUUGCAGAACAUUGGCAAUACAUGUUACAUGAACGCAGCGCUACAAGCUCUAUCCAAUGUAUCACCUUUGACUCAGUUCUUUCUGGAUUGUGGCCAUAUGGUCAGUUACAUGUCAAAGGACAGGAAACCUGGACUGAGCCUGAAUUACCUGAAUCUCAUACGGGAUAUGUGGAACAAGAAAACUCGAGGCUACGUCGUACCACACGGUAUUCUUUCAGGUAUCCGGACAGUCCAUCCGAUGUUCCGAGGGUACCAUCAACAUGACACACAGGAAUUUCUUCGUUGCUUUAUGGAUCAGCUGCACGAGGAAUUGAAGGAGCACGUCGAGGACGAUCGGGACGUUCGGGAGUUACGACUGAAAGGGUUGGGAGAUCAGUCCUCCGAGGAUGACGAGGAUGAAACCGAGAUCGACGCCGGCAACGCCUCCAGCCAGUCCGACGCCGAGUACGAGACCUGUGACUCGGGCGUUAGCGAACAGAGUUCCUUAAGUGACGAGGGUGAGCGCGGUACGAAGAGACGUUACUCUCGUGUGUCACAGAACACGGAGAAGUUGCGUAACAAGUUCACCAGCAGAAGCACGAAGAAGUCGAACGUCGUCGAACCCGCGUCAUUACCGGCGUUUGGCUCCGCCGCACCACAACGCUCGCCGCAAAACUCACCAGUGAAGCACCGCACCAAGAAGCAGAUGAAGACGCGCAGCAUCAUCAGCGACACGUUCGACGGCAAGCUGCUGAGUAGCGUGCAGUGCUUGACAUGCGAUCGCAUCUCCACCCGGGUGGAAACCUUCCAGGACCUGUCCCUGCCAAUCCCGAGCAGGGAUCACAUCGACAUGCUGCACCAGGGCUCGCUGACCCCGCAAAAGGCCGGUCCGUGCUCGGACGUGGUUUACGUGACCAAUCAGUCCGGUUGGUUGUCGUGGUUUCUGCAGUGGAUGCGCUCGUGGUUCUGGGGCCCGGUGGUCAGUUUGCACGAUUGCUUGUCAGCGUUCUUUAGCGCCGACGAACUCAAGGGCGAUAACAUGUACAGUUGCGAGAAGUGCAACAAGCUACGCAACGGCAUCAAGUUCUCCAAGGUGCUAGAGCUGCCUGAGAUACUAUGCGUCCAUCUAAAGAGAUUCCGCCACGAGCUAAUGUUCAGCUCGAAGAUCGCCAACUACGUGUCUUUCCCUCUCGAGGGCUUGGACAUGCGGCCGUACCUGCACAAGGAGUGUGUGUCCAAGGUUACCACUUACAAUCUGAUAUCGGUUAUCUGUCACCACGGCACGGCCGGUGGCGGCCACUAUACCUGCUACGCACUGAACCCGAUCGCCAACAAGUGGUACGAGUUCGAUGACCAAUGCGUGACGGAAGUGUCGCCGGAGACAGUAAAGCAUUGCGAGGCAUAUGUGCUGUUUUACAAGAAGUGGUCGCCGGAAAUGCUGCAAUUGCGCGAUAAGACCAUGGAGCUGAUGGAAAUAUCCUCGUCUCGCGAAGUGUCCGACCUUAACUUCUUUGUGUCCCGGCAGUGGAUCAAUCGCUUCAACACGUUCUCUGAGCCCGGCCCGAUCGACAACUCGGACUUCCUCUGUCCGCAUGGGGGCGUGAUUCCCGUUAGAGCGCAAUUCGUUGAUAAGAUCAGCAUGCCCAUACCGCAAGCAGUUUGGGAAUAUUUGUACAAUGCAUUUGGAGGAGGUCCAGCUUGUACACAUCUGUACGAAUGUCCGACCUGCGAAGAAAAGUAUGAAUCCUUGCAAAAACGUAGACAGUACGAGAUGGAACUAUUUCAACGGUUGAACACCGACAAUCCCACGGCGAUCUACGCGUUGGCUAUGGCGUGGUUGAGACAAUGGCAGAGCUUUGUCCGAGGCAAGGAGACACAGCCACCAGGACCAAUUGAUAAUAAUUCCAUUGUUGUAAAUAAAAAUGGACAAAAUAGUCUUAAAGUUGGCUCGGAUUAUGGCCAAAUCCCUGAGGAAUUAUGGCAAUUCUUCCUGACUACGUAUGGCGGUGGACCAGAGCUAAUGUUGCACUCGUGUCAACGACCAAUGCCCGCUCAGCCUAACGUUUCUAUACAUUCCGCAUCGAAUCCAAAUUUGAUAGACCCAAAUCUUAAAUGCAAUCGCGUAGAAGCUAAAUCCAACAAACUUUGUACGACUAGAAGUUCGGAGACGAUCUCGCAACAAGACAGCGCAAUCGAGAGCCUAAUUUCAAGUAGCGACUCCCAUCAGACGCAGAGGGACGUGAGCGAGUGAGUAAGUCAUGCGAAUUGCAAUCCUCGCAGUCUCGUUUACCACACAAUAUUUCCAUUGGUUCUCUUUAAGUUUAAUCUUUAAAGUAAUCAAAUUAUAUAUUCUACUUUCGAAAUUUCACGCUUCCAAAGUUUCACGCUCGAACGAUUCGGCACUUCAUUACUAGAUUUUUAUAAAUGAGACGUUGAUCUUCAUGUUUUGAAGGUAAAACAAUUGCUGUCAUUUUGCGAUUUAAAGGUGAAAAGACAAUUGGGUACUUUUAUACUAGUAACGAUUUUUAUACGAAAUUUAUAAAGCUGAAUCGUGUGUGUUAGGUGCUAAAAUCCGAAAGUAUUCUAAUUAUAAAGAAGAAUUAUAUGUAAUAAAUGAUUGAAUAAAAGAUUGUAUUUUGUUAUAAUAUAUAGCGACAUGUUAAAAUCUUGUAGAAAAAAAUGAAAUAUACAAGAGUUGCUUCUUAGUUUGCUAUCGAGAAAGCAUCGAAAAAUUCCAAAAGCUCUCGGCACAAGAAGAUUCGUAACGCAUGACGUCACCUUAAAUACUAAUUUUAAAUUUAAUAGGAUCCUAAAAUUGAUGGAAUUAUCGAUAUUAUAAGGAAUAAAAAUAUCCGAAUUAGUUCAGAAUAAAUCGUGGAUACUUAACUUGAAAUUUAAAACGAAAAAAUAUUUAUAAUUACCGACAUAUCAAAUAUAAUUUUUUUGAAACUUAAGUUAAAUAAUUCAUCAUUUACUUUUGUGUUUCAAAUGUGUAAAAGUUUCAAAAUUCUGUGAAACUAAUUUGAAGAAAUUUAUAUUCUGUAAUGUCGAUAAUUACGUCAGUUAUUAAAACUUAGCGUAUAAGAAAAUGGUAAUGUUAAACAUUAUGUUACAAUUUUCUUUGUGCAUUAAAAUAAGUUUAUUAUUAUGUAUGGAUGUAAAUUUAAGAUUAGUAUUUAAUGAAACGUCACGUGUUACAGGUGUUCUUGUAUGGAAAGUCAUACUUGUAUACGACACGUUCUUCUUUUAUUUCCACAUAGAGAGAAUUUUCUUUUACAAUUAGAAUUUACCUUUAAAAAUUAUGACAAUUGUGAGACAACAAUUAUAAUUUUAAUAAAAUUUUACUAAAAUUAUUUACUAAUAAUAUAAAGUAUUACUAAAAUUUAUUAUAACUUUACUAAAAUUAUAAAAUUCUUCAAUGUCCAUGUUGUUUCACGAUUUUAAGGAUAUAUUAUUUUUGUGUGCAAAUCAUUGAUUUGGAAAAUAGAAUGACACCGAUUGUUUUAAGUCUAUUAUUUUGACAUUGCAAAGUCGUAAUAGUGCCUCGUUCGCGGCGUGGAAUUUCACAGUCAUCGAUGGGAAUAUUGUGUAUAAUGGGAAACGUAGUUAUAGUACAAAGAUUCUCUAUAGAUUAUAUUAUUUAAAUACAAAUUCUAGUUCGUACUUUUUUGCCCAAAGUCUAGGCCGUAACAUCGCGCGCGACCUCGGUAUAGUUGUAUUAUGUAUUUCAAUGUUUGUACAUUCGCCUGCGUGUGCGCGUAUGUAUCCAUUCUUGCACGUAAAUACAGUUGGCUUUCUUUUCUCUCCUUUCUCGAAGUUAUGUACAUAAUAUCUAAUUACUUCUCCGUUGGUGGUCUCUCAUCUGGAAAAGAAAAAAAUGAAACUUAUGGAAGACUGACAAAUCGAUUUUAUUUAAAAGGAAAACGUUCAAUUAAAUUAUAAGAUUUAGCAACAACUGAGUCACGAAUGCGAUGACGCCAAAAAAACUUCGAUAAUUUUUACGUUUGCUUCUUAAAUGGAGCAAAUUUGUUCAAAAAAAAGUAUUUAAUUUUAAUAUGUUAAAAUAUUUUGUUUUUGCUUUUAAAUAAAUACUUUAAAAUGUUGUAGUUUUAAACGGUGUUUAGAUUUAAAACAUUACAACUGUUAAAGAUGUUUUGUACUGUUUAAAACUAAAACAUUUUUAAGCAUUUAAAAAACGAUUAUAAAAAUAAGACUUUUUAAUAUCUUAAAAUUGAAUACUUUUUUGAGUUAUAUAUUGUUGUUAUUUAGUAAAUUCAUCACUGUAUUACAUAUUAUUUUUCGCAAUAUUCACGGAAUCAACGGUUCCUCAUAGCGUACGAUUCGCCGAAUCCUUUCGCCUUUGCAAACGUAAAAGUCUUGGCAAUUAUUUGUUUAAGCGACAAAACGUGCUUCUUAAAGUUUGCUGCUUUCUUUAUUGCUAUAAUCAUGUUAAAUUGCGAUAUUGGAGAGAUAAAUGAGUGGAACUUUUUUAUACUCAAAAUAACUCGGUUUUUUCCGUGCCUUCACGUUAAGGAUGUAUUAUGCUUAUUUUCAGAAUAACGAAAAAAUUACAGAUUAUUCUAUAUUGCAUUUAAAAGUAAUACAACAAAUUUUUUUACCCGGAUUAAAAAUUAUUUUAAUUAAGAAGUUAAUGUGCUCUAAUAGAAAUAUAUUAAGAAAUGAUAUUAAAAAAACUGAAUUGUUAAUAAAAAUUAGAUAUUAUACAAUUUUCGUAUGUGUAUAUAGUUAAAAUAUAAAUAUUGAUACAUUUGUAAAAAGUGUAAUGCAUUCUUAAGCGUAACAAAAAUUGUAUUUUAUCUUGCUUUACAUUUGUGCUUUUUUGGCAAAAAAAUUUUUGCCAAAUCUAAUGUUCAAGUAUUUAUCAAGUAUGAUUAUCUGUAUGUCUGUACUAUGUAUAAGAUGAGAAGGAUUAUCGUAAUUUAUAAUAUUUGGGGAUUAUAAUUUAAAUAUUGGUUAUCGGAGUUCGUGAUGUAUAUGUUAAACUGCAACAUACAUUCUCUACAUCUAAAUAUCAUUCAGUUUUAUAUGUUACAGUAAUUACUUCUUGCAACAAAAUGCCUAAAUAAUUAAAUAAUAAAUUAAAUAAUUAAAUAAAUUUAUAACUAUUUGAUAGUUCAAUUAAAUCAAGAUUAUAAUGUGUUACAUCUAGAAACGGGAGUUUAAUACAUAGAAAUAAUUUUUUCUUAGAAUUUGCUCUUAAAAUUAUGAAAGGAAGUUGUGGGAUCGCAUGAACGUCAAAUAAUUUUAUUAUAAUUUUAGUAAAAUUCAACCAAAUUUUGCUAAAAUUUUAUUAUAUUUUAUUUUAAAGCAUAUUAAUAUUCUUUGAAGUUUAUUUUUUUAUGCUUACACUCGAGUGUUCAAAGAAGAAGUGUUUAAUUUAAACCCUGUCUUUAUUUUUUUAAAUACUUAAAUAUAUUUUUAUUUUAAAAGACAUUUAAAUUUAAAACACUACAAUGUAAUAUGUAAAUUAAAACUGAAAUUUCUAAAAAUUUUAAACAUUUUAGUGUUUUAAAUCUAAAUGUUAUUUAAAACUGAAACAUUUUUUGGUGGUUUUUUUUACUGUACUCUAAUUUUGAAAGUAAAUUCUAAAAGAAAAUUCUUUCUGUGUGAAAACGUUAAACUACGUAAACAUUUACUGAUUAUAAAUACUUGGACAUUUUGCUUUUUUUCUCUUUUUCAAAUUACUUUCUAAUACUUAAGAAGCGUGUUCUAUCGCGUAGAUUAUUAAUUGCGUAGUUUUAUUAUUUUGUGCUCGUAAAAAAUGAAGAAAAGUGCGUGUUUCAAGCUGUUUUACAUUAUAUUUUUAUGGAUCCCGUUUUGCCACCGAGGACGUUUAUCCUCAUAUUGUAUAUUAUUGCAAUUACGUAUUGCGAUGAGAUAAAAGGAAAACGCAGUGCAAUGCGAGUUCCAUUUACGGGGACGCAAACAAUUAUAAUGAAUUGUUAAGUCUAAUUGUUUGUAAUUAUUCUUUCAAGCAAAGUGCAUAAGUUGAAUAAUAAAUAAGUUGGUUUCUUUAUUUAUUGAAACAUUUAGGCUAUUGUCAUUUUCAUGCAUAAUGUGUGUCUCUUACAAAGCAAUGCAAUCAAAUAUCUUUAGAUUUUAAUAAACUUGGGAUAUUUAAGAUAUAGACAAAAAUAAGAGACACGUAUUUUUUCCGAGUGUUUUAUAAAUGCACGUUAAGGGAAUCAAGCGUUUCUCCGGAAAAAAAAAAAAAAA